UAAAAUCUUUACCACCACGAUCUAGGGGGCAAGUGGUGACCCUUGUAUUCGUUGGCAGUCGUAAACCGUGCGGGUGGACAAGGCAUUCAUUUUAGGCUUUGGAUGCUUUCCCUCUGCUGUCACUUCUUAACGUCGGAAAUGCUAGAAAACCCCGUAAACUGUAGCAAUGUGAGUUGUCUUUUUAAAGAACUCGGGUUGCUCCUGAAGAACGGCACCGCUCAAUGCUCAGUGCAUUGAAGCAGGGGCUGUCCCGGCUGUCCACGGGGCUCCGGGCGCCUGGUGAGGCUGAGCUGACCCCCUGGGGGGCCGGGCAUGGUCUCCUCUGCCGGGCGGGCAGAGCUGAGGCUCCGUGACGGCUGCGUGACCCCUCGGGGAAGGGUCUCUCGCCACGUCCCCCGGCUCAGCUGCGGCGGCGACUCCCACGGGACGUUGGGCCCAGGCCCCGGCCGCCGCAGCACGGGCCUCUCUGCACAGCCUCCACUCCCAUCAAGGCCGAGCCUCGGAGAUGGCAUGGAGAGGGCUCACGCGGGUACCGCGGCUCAUGGGGCCGCAGCUCCUGGACGGGUCACGCAGGAAGAUGAGCCUGUGGCUUUCAGACAAUUGUGCCAGCCCGUCCAGCGUCUGAUCCGAGAGGCAGACCCACCGACGUGGGUGAACCGGUCCGGGCUCUCCUGCCUGUGCUCCCUCCCACGCCUGAGAGAAGGGUGGUGCUCCCAAGCCGGGCUGCCCUGGAGAGAGGUGUCCACGCUCCGAGUCCCCUACCCCGAGGAGGGAGCAGCAGGCAGGCUGCGAGUGCUUGUCACCGCCCUGUGCUUUGUGGCCAGGUGGGUUCCGUGUGACCUGUGCACAGAGGCUGGAGCAGGACUGGUGCUGGCCUGUGUUGGAGGGGCUGGGGGUGGCUGCCCUUCUGAGCGGCCAGCAGGGGCCAGGAGGAUGUCCUUGGAGAAAGCUAGAGCAGGACUCGCCACCCCCAUUUCUGUGUGUUGGGUGUUAUUUAUGCUCACGACACACCCCCACACCUCCCUCACACACACAUACACAUGCACACGUGUGCGUGGACAGGGCUUGGCUUCUUUACAAACCAAGACCUGAAGCAGUUCCAGGGGACGUCUCCUCCUGGUGCCAAGUGCUCGGGGCUCCUUAACAUGGGGUUUUUAACGUUGAAAGACGUCCAAGCGCUGGGAGGGGAAGGUGCACAGUGUGAUGAGGGCCGCGGCUUCAGGUGUGCCCCACUGCCCCCUCGGGAGGCGGGUUCCUCACCACCAGGACCAGCCCCGGUCAGCGUCAGCACCAGGCCUGGGAAAUUCUUCUGGUGCCGCUGGAAACAUGGGGUCUGGGGGCACAG